AUGCCGAACCUUAUGAGAGAGAUCGAUCCCGGGGAGUUGGGCGAGUAUCCCGAGGGACACCCCAAACAUGACCCCGGCUACGAUUGCAAGAAGUUUCGCGUCAUUACAGUCGAGAUGCAGAAGGCAGAGUUGAUCGCCGAGAAGAAGCUCUACAACGAGUUUGUGGAGGAGCCCGUCCAGGAACCCCAGAAACGUGUGUGGGCGUUGAUUCCGAAGAACAACCUCUGCAUUCCAUUCAAGUGGUUUGACUACGAGAGCGAUGCCGCGGUGUUCGUCCUCGCCGUCGCUAGGGUCAACAACAUGGCGAUUGGCUGCGCUGGCAAGUCAGCGACAGGCAGAGCUCUGUGCUCUUUCCUGGAUUCCGUUUUGGAGCACUGUCAUCUGCGGAUGAAGAAAGAGGAGGACCCGCCGAACAUGACCCUCCAGGAGCGCCGCAUCCAGACUUCACCCUGCGUCUUCAGCCGUGACUUGGGCGUCAAAAUCGAGAAGCUGCGCGACUGGUUCGAGGAGAACGACCCAGCUGACUUGAGGGCAUUCGAGCUUCUGCAGCCGAAGCGUCAGGCGCCGCACCCCCCAAAGGGAAAUGGCAAAGAGAUGCGCGAGGGUACCCGCAACAGCCGCAAGCGCAAAGCCGACCCAUCUCUUCCUCAUGAGAGCAUCCGACCAAAGCGACACCGCCAGACGGGCCGGGCCCUUCCACCCCAGCGCCCGGAUGACGAGAUCAAGCCCCCGAGACGAAUUGCCCAAGGAAAGCGAGGCAAGAGGGAUUGGGCUAAGCUUGCCUAG